AUGAGGAUACCUGCGAGGGUGGAAACAGAGCGGGUGGAGAUUAACCCUCAUGUACUAACUACAAACACCAGAGGAGGAGACAUCAAAAUGUUCCUUGCAUGCAAACCGCCAAACUUUGCUGGUGAGCUAGAUCCGACCAAAGCUAUGCAUUGGAUAAAGGAAAUUGAGUCAGUAUUCAACACUAUUCCUUGUCCAGAAGCCGAUAAGGUCAGAUUUGCUGUAUCAGUACUAAAAUCCAAUGCUUUAUUCUGGUGGGAAGUAGAAUCCCUGGCUAGAACAGAUGUUUUGCAAACCUUAUAUUGGGCAGAAUUUGUGAAUAUAUUCAAAGAGCAGUUCUGUCCCAAAACAGCAGUCAGACAGAUGGAAGAGGACUUUUUAAAGUUGGAACAAAACUUUGGGUCAGUCAGAGAAUAUACAGAGAAAUUUAUAGAGUAUUCUAGAUUCGCUGAACAUUACAUCAAAACGGAGGCUAGAAAAGUGGAGCGGUAUAUCUGGGGUCUAAAGCCCUCAAUCAGAGAAUUUGUUAUCGCAAUGAAUCCUGCCACUUUUCCAUUGGUAGUAGAUGCAGCAGAGAUCACAGAAAGAAACAAGAAUUGA